AUGGAUUUUUUAAGUGAAGAGAAUCUUAAGAAAUAUAAAUUCGAAAUAUCAUAAUCAGAUGAUCAAAAAAAAAGUGGAGAUAAAACAUAGCCUUAAUUUGGAAAAAGCAAAAGUAAGAUUGGAUUCAACCAAGUUAAUUUUGAUCCUAUUUCUGGAUAUCAAACAAAAGAUGAUAUGCUUUCUAUUGAAUAACUUGAUAGUCUGGCUUUAUUUAUGAGAAAUCAUUCACUGAAUAAUAGCUAAAAAUACCCUUUUUACAAUAAUUAUGAUGAAAGAAAUAUAGGGAUUCAUAAGGCUAUUAUAUACAAAACGAUUUUAGAGGGAAAUAGAUAUAAUUCUACAAAUAUUGGUAUUGAAUAAAAUAGUUCAGAUGGUGCAUCAAGGAUUUAACCAGAAUCUUUCGAAGAACAGCUAAAUAGAAAAAUGAAAUAUAUUUCGAAAACAAAUAUCUUAUAAGAUAUUCCUAAUUCCUUAGAUAUUAUUGGUUCUACUAAAUCAUAAAAAGUCAAGACGUUCACUAAUUUAGAUUAAGAUGGAGAGUUUGAAUAUGACUUGGAUGAAUAGGAUUUAAGAGAAUAAGAUUAGUAUAUUUAAGAAAAUGAUGAAAACUAUAUAUAAAGUUUAAUAGAUCCUUUUAAUGAAGAUGACUAUGAUUUAGCAAGGAUUAAUAACAAAAUUUUUGAUGAUAAUUGUUGGUACAAAAAAGACUUUCGCAUGAAUUAAAUUAAAGAUCCUCAUUUAUAUAAUGAAAAGAGAUAGUAUUAUGAUAAUAAGAGAAUAGUAAAGAGAUAAAACAAAGAGCAUCUGAUCUACUUUAUACAAACAGAAGUAGUUUUAAACAAAUAUGCUAAUUUGAUGCCUCAUGCAGAUAAUGUUAAAGCAGUCUAGGAAAUAAUUAAAGAUCAACUCACUUAUAAUUAAGAUAUCCUCCCAGGAUAUGUAAUCAAUACAAUCUUUAAAAUUGAUGUAGAACGCUCUAUUUUCAAACAAGAAGUACUUUAAUUACAGCUGGAGGCAUUUGGUUAAAUCCAUCUAUAAAAUAGUGAAGAAAUUUUUAUUUGUGGAGGAAAGGCUAACGGAAUUGCUUAAAAUACAUGCAUGUUAAUUGAUUUUACUCUCAAAAAGUUUAUGAUUAAAAGUAGAUUACAUUUUGCUAGGUACGAUCAUUUAUUACUCCAGCUUGAUGAUUUUAUUUAUAUAAUUGGUGGGUAAGGAUAUCAUGGUGAAAGCCUAACAUAAUGUGAAAAAUAUAACAUUAAAAGCUAACAAAUUUUUGAGAUAGCCUCAUUAGAACUAUAAAAGAAUUUUAUCUGUGGAACUGUUUCUCAACUAAAUAAAUGCUUAUUUGUAGCAGGUUCUCCUAUAAUAGUAGAUAAUUAUAUUUAAAUUUAAAAGUUUGAACCUUAUACAAACUUUUGGUCAGUUAUAAAUAUCUAAGUAAAUUACUUGACGCUUAAAUAACCUAAAUUUGUAAAAUUAGCAGUUUAUGAUGAAAGUAUGCAAAAGUCUAUGCUCUACAUUUUUUGUUAAGAUAUGAACAAAUAUGAAAAUUAUUGCCUUUCAGUAAACGAUCUCACUACUGAUGAUACCAGAUAAAGUAAAGAGAGUAAAGCGAAGCAAAGAAUUCUAAGAAAUUAGUAAUAGUAAUCAAAUAGCUAAUAAGCAAAAUUAGACACUUUAGGUCUUUCAACUAUUAAUUCAGCAGAUAGUCAAAUAAACUUUUAUUCUUCAAUAUAAAAUGGUUAAUUCAGAUCUCCAAGAUCUAAUAAAAAUAGUAAUAUUUUCAUACAAGACUAAACUAAUGAUUAAGAGCAAUAAACAAACAGCUAAUUUUUUAAACUUAAGUAAACGAAAUCUGUAUCUAUGAUACCUUAGGUUAAGAUACCAACACCAAGAAUGAAUCCUAUGAUUUAUUUACCAUAAUUUAAUGAAUAAGUUAAGUAUAUUUAUAAGAAUCGUAAGCAAUAUCACGAGUAGCUCAAGUAAAAGCUCGAACAUGAAAAAAGAUAAAUUCUAGGGUAUUAGAAUCUUGAUACAGAAAAUUCAAAUGACACUUUGUAAUUAAGUAAAAAUUAAAGCAACACUUCAAAGCAAAAUCCAACUAUGGCUCCUUACAGAAGCCCAUCUUAAUUUUUAGGAUAGUAACCUUCCCCUAGACAGCGAUCUGCUUCUAAACUUUUGCUUACACCAAAAAAUUAAGAAAAUUUUACAAAAUCUAUUUUUUUUGACGAAUAAAAAUAUUAGCAAAAUUCUAAUACAAUUUUUGAAGAUAGCCCUAAAAAUAAAACUCCUAGAAGUAGAACUUCUAAAAAUAAUACACCUAAAUAUAGACCUCCUGAAGAAUAGACAAAUCCAUAUUAUUAUUUAACAAAAUCGCAACAAUAAAAAAGGAUUCUGGAAGAUUUAAAAAAAGAAAGAUAAAAGUUACUAUUAAUUGAACAAUAAAAACCUAAAAAAUAAAAAGGACAAGUGGUCAAUAUAGAAUAAUAAAAAUCAAAUUUUAACAAUUUAGAAAUCCUUGCAAUGAGAGAUUACGAAGUUUAUACUAUAAAUAAAACAAACCCAUUACUUAUUGAAAAAUUUGAUUUUAUUACUUGGUAAAAAGAAGAUAUCCUUCUUAGAUAUUCUCCAAUAUUGUGA